UCCACACAAGAAGGUCACACCAUCCCCCACCAUCAGGGUGAGGAACUCAUUGAUAUAAAAGCAGAGGUGAAGAAGAAGGAAGAAGAAGAGACGUAUGUGAUGGGUGAUCAGCAAUGUAUGAAGGAGGAAUCUUCUCUGAAUAUCAGCUCAAAUGGAAAGUAUUGUUCAGAGAUCGAUACAUUGGAGAGAAGCCUUAUUACUGCAAAAGAUGGUGACGUUGCACAAUCGUCUACAAAAGUAACAUUUUACUAUUUGGUCAGACCGAUGGAUCCUUCUAAUCCUGAGAAAUCCCAUACUAUGACUUCAGAUGUCCAUCUAAGACCAAUUGAUCCUUCUAAUCCUGAGGAACCUUCUGAGAAAUCCCAUACUAUGACUUCAGAUGUCCACCUAAGACCAAUGGAUCCUUCUAAUCCUGAGGAACCUUCUGAGAAAUCCCAUACUAUGACUUCAGAUGUCCAUCUUUCCCAUACUAUGACAUCAGACGUCCAUCUAUGUUCUCACAGUGCUGACCAAUCAACAGAUCCAUCCAAUCUCCAGAAACCCUCUUCAACCCAUGAGGGAGCUCACACAGGAGGGAGCACAUUGUCAUGUUUGGUGUGCGGAAUAAGUUUUGCUAAGAAACAAAACCUUCGUGUACACCAGAGAACACACACUGGUGAGCGUCGCUUUUCCUGCUCAGAGUGCGGAAAAUGUUUUUAUGAGAAAAAACACCUUGUUAUACACUUUAGAACACACACUGGCGAGCGUCCCUAUUCCUGCUCAGAGUGCGAAAAAUGUUUUUAUGAGAAACACAUCCUUCUUGCACACCUUAGAACUCACACUGGCGAGCGCCCCUUUCCUUGUCCAGAGUGCGGUAAAUGUUUUUCUGAAAAGCAAAACCUUCACAAACACCAGAAAAUUCAUGCGAGUGAGCUUCCUUAUCCAUGUUCAGAGUGUGGAAAAGGUUUUCCUACAAAACAAAACCUUGUGAAUCACCAGAGAAUACAUACGGGCGUGCGGCCCUUUUCCUGUUCAGAGUGCGGAAAAUGUUUUUCUACAAAACAAAACCUUGUUAUACACCAGAGAAUUCAUACGGGCGAGCGUCCCUUUAGCUGUUCAGAGUGCGGAAAAUCUUUUUCUGAAAAAGGAAGCCUUCGUAAACACGAGAGAACUCAUACGGGUGAGAGUCCCUAUGACUGUUUAGAGUGCGGGAAGUCUCUUUCUAGUAAAAGAUGCCUUCAUAAGCACCAGAGAACUCACACGGGUGAGCGUCCCUAUGACUGUUUAGAGUGCGGGAAGUCUCUUUCUAGUAGAAGUUGCCUUCGUAAGCACCAGAGAAUUCACAUUGGUGAGCGUCCCUUUUCCUGCUCAGAGUGCGGAAAAUGUUUUUAUGAGAAACAACACCUUCUCAUACACCUUAGAACUCACACUGGCGAGCGUCCCUUUUCCUGCUCAGAGUGCGGAAAAUGUUUUCAUGAUAAACACAUCCUUCUUACACACCUUAGAACUCACACUGGCGAGCGUCCCUUUCCUUGUCCAGAGUGCGGUAAAUGUUUUUCUGAAAAGGCAUACCUUCACAAACACCAGAAAAUCCAUGCGAGUGAGCUUCCUUAUUCAUGCUCAAAGUGUGGAAAAGGUUUUCCUACAAAACAAAACCUUGUGAAUCACCAGAGAAUACAUACGGGAGUGCGGCCCUUUUCCUGUUCAGAGUGCGGAAAAUGUUUUUCUUCAAAAGCAAACCUUGUUAUACACCAGAGAAUUCAUACGGGUGAGCGUCCCUUUUGCUGUUCAGAGUGUGGAAAAUCUUUUUCUGAAAAAGGAAGCCUUCGUAAACACGAGAGAACUCACACAGGUGAGCGUCCCUUUUCCUGUUCGGAGUGUGGAAAAAGUUAUUGUGACCAGACAAGACUUCGCAGACAUCAGAAUAAAAAACACUGUUGACCGUCCAUAUAAUAAAAUGUUUAUAAUGGGGUAAAUUCUGGCCAAAUUCCUGGUUUUAUUUAUAAGUGGAGCUUAUUGGGAGGAGUCUUCUGUUGUCUUCUGUUUCUUGGAGACUCCAAAUGGUGGGAUGUCCCUCCUAUAGUCUUCUGUCGGGUUCUUCUGUUUUUUGGAGACUCCAAAUGAUGGGAUGUUUCUCCUAUAGUCUUCUGUUUCUUGGAGACUCCAAAUGGUGGUGGGAUGUCCCUCCUAUAGUCUUCUAUUGGCUUUUUCUGUUUCUUGGAGACUCCAAAUGGUGGGAUGUUUCUCCUAUAGUCUUCUGUUGGGUUCUUCUGUUUCUUGGAGACUCCAAAUGGUGGGAUGUUUCUCCUAUAGUCUUCUGUUUCUUGGCAACUCCGAAUGGUGGUGGGAUGUCCCUCCUAUAGUCUUCUAUUGGCUUCUUCUCUUUCUUGGAGACUCCAAAUGGUAGGAUGUUUCUCCUAUAGUAAUCUGAUGGGUUCUUCUGUUUCUUGAAGACUCCAAAUGGUGGGAUAUUUCUCCUAUAGUCUUCUGUUUCUUGGCAACUCCGAAUGGUGGUGGGAUGUCCCUCCUAUAGUCAUCUGUUGGGUUCCUCUUUUUCUUGGAGACUCCAAAUGGUGGGAUGUCCCUCCUAUAGUCUUCUGUUGGCUUCUUCUGUUUCUUGGAGACUCCAAAUGGUGGGAUGUCCCUCCUAUAGUCUUCUGUUGGUUUCUUCUGUUUCUCGGAGACUCCGAAUGGUGGAAUGUCCCUCCUAUAGUUUUCUGUUGUCUUCUUCUGUUUCUUGGAGAAUCCAAAUGGUGGGAUGCUCUUCCUGUAUUCUUCUGUUGGCUUCUUCUUUUUCUUGGAGAUUACAAAUGGGUCUACUGUUGGCUUCUUCUGUUUCUCGGAGACUCCAAAUGGUGGCAUGUCCCUCCUAUAGUCUUCUGUUGGGUCUUCUUUUUCUUGGAGACUCCAAAUGGUGGGAUGUCCCUCCUAUAACUGAAAAAUAAUCUGCAUGGGAAUAAUAAAGAAAUUAGUCCAUUAAAUAUUGAAGAUGAUAUCAGUCUUAAGUCUAAUAAAAGAGAAACACAGGAAGCACAAUGGAGCUCACGUUCCUCCCGUAGUUCCAGUCUCACAUCCAUAUUACAUCUCCGAAAUAAUCCUCUACAUGAAUAAACACUGUAAAUGGGCAGAGUUACCUGUAUUUGAGGUUUUAUACAUAGAAAAUUAACCUGAAAUGAUCAAUAAGAAACUUUAGCGCAAAAUGCACGGACGUGGGUGACUUGAUUUUUCCAUCACAGUGAUGGAGGUAUAUAUAGAGGACUACAAAGAAAGGACGAUGGUGGCAGACGGAUGUGGGUACCGUGCAUGCCCGGUAGGCGCUGUUCUCUAUUAGCAGUGAGUGUGCUCUUGGGGUUUAUAAAUAUUACUUUGCUAGUAAUCAUUUACUGUAAAAAAAAUAAAAAAUAAAAUUCCAAUGAGAUUUGAAAAUUCCAAUCACAUGGCUAAAAUAAUGAUCCUUCUUCUUGUAUUAAAGCUUUGUGAAUUGAGCCUCUUA